CACGCUUGCUCCCACCCGCGCCGCCACCGCCACCGACACCUCCUCCUCCCCUUUUCUCCUAGGCCGCCGCCGCCCACCGCCGGUGGCCCCUCCUCGCCGGGGGUAAGGGGGGAAGUGGCGCGGGGAGAAUGGAUUGUUGCAGGCACGUGAACCCGUUCCGCGCCUGCUCGGUGCUGCGCGGGCUGGGGUACCUCAUGCUGGCCUUCGUGGCCGCCAUCGUCGCCGUCUCCUACUACGCCGUCGUCGUCUACACCUGGGGCCCGCUCCUCCUCGGCGGCGGCGGCGCCGCGGCCGGGGCCGCGGCUGUCCUCCUCGCCUUCCACCUACUGGGAUCUUGUUUCUUCUGCAGCUUGCAAUGAUCAUAUGGUGCUAUUUGAUGGUUGUUUUCACUGAUCCUGGUGCUGUACCUGAAAACUGGAGACAUACUUCUGAAGAGGAUGACAUAGAUGUGAACUCUAGGAUUAUAUCAGAUAAUUGGGAUGCUACAUACCCUGCCUCAGAUGGGCAAAGUGCUCAAAGAUAUUGUUCUCGCUGCCAAAAUGGCAAGCCUCCUCGUUGUCAUCAUUGUUCUGUUUGUAACAGAUGUGUGCUCAAAAUGGACCAUCACUGUGUUUGGGUGGUAAAUUGUGUUGGGGCAAGGAACUACAAGUAUUUUCUCCUUUUCCUGGUAUAUACGUUCAUUGAAACAGUGUUGGAUAUAUUGGUACUACUUCCAAACUUUAUUGAGUUCUUCCGAGAUGAAAGCAAGCGUUCCAGCUCACCUGGAGAUAUUGCUAUUCUAUUUCUUGCUUUUGUUCUUAAUUUGGCCUUUGCACUGAGCCUUGUCUGUUUCAUUGGGAUGCACACGUCUCUUGUUACAAGAAAUACAACUUCUAUAGAGGUUCAUGAGCAAAGGAAUUCAGUUUCAUGGAAGUAUGACCUGGGAUGGAGAAAAAACCUGGAGCAGGUUUUCUUUACUGCAUUUUGCACUCUUAUUAUAUCCCUUGUUUUUGGCACCAAAAGGUUGCUCUGGUUCCUUCCCUUGUACUCUACUGAGGAUCUGCACAACAUUUCAGCACUUCAUGGCCUUGAAUUCCCUACCCGGUCUGAUGCAGUCGUCUAACCACUACUUAUCUCCAGCAGCGUAUUCAAGAUGUUCCAUGGGGCUAACUCACUUGUAGAUUAAGCUACCUGAUUUCUGUCCAUUGUCGUUCUUUCAUAGGAGGGUUGUAAAUUACAAUAUAAUUGUUUUUGCAUACUUGACCCAUGUUAAUUCUUUGGUUACACCAUACCAAGUUACACCAUACUAAGUUACACCAAAUCAUGUUAAUUCUUUGGUUGAUUUAUAAAGGACAUGUCAGUU